GGCGGCUUGGCGUUGCCGGACGGCGGCGCUGCAGGCGGAGGAAGGAAGCCCAGACGGAAGAGAAAAGGCUCGGGGGUGAGGAGAGAGAAGAGAGAAAACCAUAUUAGUUUCCCCAAAGUUGAAUCCAGAAUCUGGUUCAUUUUCGAUCAGCUUGGAGAAUUCUGAAAUUGUGUGAAGCCAACAAAGGAUUUUAUGUGAAAGCUGGUCAAUUUGUUGCAGCUAUGCGUCAGGUUCCAAAAGAAUACUCAUCAACUCUUUCCUCAUUACAGGAUCAGGCAGUUCCUUGUCACUUUAAAGCUAUUGAAGAAGUACUAAUUCGUAAUCUGGGGCACAACCUGUCAGAUACGUUUUUGUCACUGGAUGAACAACCCUUAGCUGCUGCAUCAAUUGCUCAGGUACACAAAGCAGUUCUGAAGGAUCAUCAAGCAGUAGCAAUCAAGGUGCAGUACCCUGGUCUGGAGCAGCAAAUGAAACUAGAUACAACAACAAUGUAUUUCAUUUCAAAAUCCAUUACAUGGUUUUUCCCAGAGUACAGAUUUGGAUGGCUGGUAGCAGAGUUUGUGCAGGCUAUCUCUCUUGAGCUUGAUUUUAUUCAAGAAGCUGGAAACUCUGAGAGAACUGCCAAUAAUUUCAAAAACAACAAAUGGGUCAAGGUUCCUCAUGUAUUUUGGGGUUUGACAACUAAACAAGUUCUGACGAUGGAAUUCUGUACUGGACACAAGGUUGAUGAUGUAGACUAUCUGAAGGAAAGGAAAAUAGAUCCAGUGAAGGUGGCCAAAGUGUUGUUGGAAAUGUUUGCUGAAAUGAUUUUUAUCCAUGGUUUCUUGCACGGAGAUCCGCACCCUGGUAAUAUAUUAGUUUCUCCAGAAGGGCAGAAUGGCUUUUCUUUGGUUCUUCUAGAUCAUGGAAUAUACAAACAACUCAAUGAUAAAUUUAGGUUGGACUACUGUCAGCUCUGGAAGGCUCUAAUUCUUCUCGACUCAAAAAAGUUGCAGCAUUUGGGGGAGCAGUUUGGUGUUGCUAUAGGAAAAGAUGUUUUGGCUAAAUUGUGUUAAUUGUAUUCAAUCCUGUAACAUAUAUACAAGGCACCUACUGCAUUUCUUGUGGUUCUCUAACAAGUUAGGAGACCAGUAAGGAAAGACAGUUAUCACAGUUACAAUUGGAAUCAAAGACUAUACUAACAAAUC